AUGGCCAGCACGCGCCUCGCAAUAGCGACAGCUCACAGGUGCUGCAGGCUGUGUCGGUCACCCUCGCAGCAGCAGCUCCGCGCCAUCACACAUCUUAGCACUGCCCGCUCUCCCACGACAGCUUCGGCUUCAGCUCCAGGCUCGGCACCUGCGACGCCGCAGCUUCACCAGCUCGCGAGCACACCACAUAUGAGACGCGAAACUGACCUGCCCAAUCGCUACUUUGACCCAUCAAAUGGCGUUCCCGGCGAAGGCCCCCCAGAUCCGCAAGGCAAACCGCCAGACGAGAACCGAGUGAAUCUCGGCCGCACCCUCCGCAUCCUCCAAGACCGCCUCCCGACCCUCCUCCAAUACCCCCUCGACCAAGACAUCCUCGCCCCCAAUAUCUCCCUCCACCUCUUCCCCUCGACGCACCCGCACCUCCCCGUCGUCUCGGGUCGCGUGGCCUACACCGCCGCCCUCUGGACCUCCCCGAUCGCCUGGAACCGCAUCCCCGUCAUCGGCAACGUUCGUCUCGAGGUCCACACGGCGCGCAUGACGCGCCAGCCCAUCCCCGGCGCCGCGCCCCCGCGCCCCGGCGGCCGCGACGAGCAGCUCGUCGUGCGCUGGUCGACGUGUGCCGCGCCGGGGCGCGAGGGCGAGGGCCCGCGCGCGCUCGAGGUCGGCAAGGGCGAGAAGAAGGAGCAGCACUUUUCCGGGCUCUUCAUCUUCCAGUUUGACCAGAAGGGCAGGAUCCUCAGCCACACCAUCGAGACGGUGCAGGGCGGCGGCGACUGGGAGAGGGGGGUCGGGGCCAAGGUCGUCGGGCUGACGGAUUGGCUGCUCGGCGGGCUCGGGAGGGGGGAGCCGUGCCCGGCCUUUCAAGCCACGUCUCCGGCGAGGGACGACGGGGGUCGAGGUGGCAGAGAUUGA